CCUUGUAACAGAGAACAGAGGCAGACACACAUUCUCUCUGCCUUCCACAUGCGUGUGCUCUCACACAGCUCCAGUGUACUACUAAUGCUUCACCUCAUGCUCCUCUACCUGUGCUCACUGACUCAAUGGGCUUUUAGGAUCCUACCUGGCCGCGCUCAACAACAUCACAUAGAUGUGUUUGCGAGAUUUUAAAAGCAUUUCUCCAAUGAUAUUUUUUCUUCCCCAGCUCCUUUUUCGUUUCCACUGAACGGAUUUAUAUUACUUUCUGACACAUUGCACAUAUUCUCUUCUAUCAAUAAGGGAUUCAUGAAGCUGGAGACUAGUCAGUGGUGGCUUUUGCUAUGAUGACCAUUUUGGCAUGAGAUCUUUGUGACUUAAAAGAGGAAAUAAAUGCACUUGAAAUUGUCUGCGUAACUAUUGGCAGACUCUCCCGGUGCUGAAGAAAGUGGAGUUUGCCCAGCUAUAGUGCCAGCCAGCUUGUUGUGCCUUCCAAUACCAUGAGGAAGGGUCUAGAAACUGCCAGCUGUGGUCUAAGGCUUGGAUACAUCCUGCAAAUGUGUUUCCUACCUGCCCUGGCCAUACUGACUGCCAGCAGUACUUUUGCUGCCCAAGAGUUUCCAAGACCCGGCCAACAGGACCCGAGACCAGAUGAUGACUUCUUUCAUGAAUUACCGGAGACAUUCCCAUCAGAUCCGCCUGAACCAUUGCCUCACUUUCUUAUCGAACCUGAGGAAGCGUACAUUGUGAAAAAUAAACCAGUAAACUUGUACUGUAAGGCCAGCCCAGCCACGCAAAUCUACUUCAAGUGCAACAGUGAAUGGGUUCACCAAAAGGAUCACGUGGUGGAUGAAAGAGUGGAUGAAACCACAGGUCUCAUAGUCAGAGAAGUGAGUAUUGAGAUCUCACGACAGCAAGUAGAAGAGUUGUUCGGGCUGGAAGAUUACUGGUGCCAAUGUGUUGCCUGGAGCUCUGCAGGAACUACCAAAAGCAGGAAAGCAUAUGUUAGGAUAGCAUACUUAAGAAAGACCUUCGAGCAGGAGCCUCUCGGGAAAGAGGUGUCUUUGGAACAAGAAGUUCUUUUGCAGUGUCGUCCACCUGAAGGAAUCCCGAUAGCUGAAGUGGAAUGGUUGAAAAAUGAGGAUAUCAUUGAUCCUGUAGAAGAUCGGAAUUUCUACAUCACAAUUGAUCAUAACCUUAUCAUCAAACAAGCAAGGCUUUCAGACACUGCCAAUUAUACGUGUGUUGCCAAAAAUAUUGUAGCCAAAAGAAGAAGUACUACAGCAACUGUAAUUGUAUAUGUAAAUGGUGGUUGGUCCACAUGGACAGAGUGGUCUGCAUGCAGUAAUCGAUGUGGGAAAGGUUUCCAGAAGCGUACAAGGAUGUGCACCAAUCCUGCUCCACUCAAUGGAGGAUCUGUCUGUGAUGGCCAAAGUGUCCAGAAGAUAAGUUGCACUACCCUCUGCCCAGAGGAUGGUGAAUGGACGGCAUGGAGCAAAUGGUCAACUUGUGGGACAGAGUGCACACAUUGGCGCCGCAGAGAUUGUGCCAACCCUCCGCCAAGAAAUGGAGGAAAAGACUGUGAGGGCCCUGUAUUACAGUCAAAGAACUGCACUGAUGGAUUAUGUAUGCAAAGCCCGAUUUUCCCUCUUUCACCCCGAACCAAUGAGCAGAAAACACAGAAGGAGUUUGGAUAUCCUUCUGCCCCAAGCUCAGACAAUGUCGCCCUUUAUGUUGGCAUCGUCAUUGCUGUGAUCGUAUGCCUUGCCAUCUCUGUCAUCGUAGCUUUAUUCGUCUAUCGGAAAAACCAUCGCGGUUUUGAGUCUGACAUAAUUGACACUUCUGCACUGAAUGGUGGAUUCCAGGCCGUCAACAUCAAAGCUGCGAGACAAGAUCUCCUGGCAAUUCCUCCAGACCUGACAUCUGCAGCAGCAAUGUACAGAGGGCCUGUGUAUGCUCUGCAUGAUGUCUCUGACAAAAUCCCAAUGACCAAUUCUCCUCUCCUCGACCCUCUUCCUAAUCUGAAAAUCAAAGUGUACAACUCUUCUGGAGCAGUAACACCUCAAGAUGAUCUGUCAGACUAUGCGUCAAAACUUUCUCCUCAAAUUACACAUUCUCUACUGGAAAAUGACACAUUAAAUAUGAAGAACCAAAGUCUUGCGAGACAAACAGACCCUUCAUGUUCUGCGUUUGGAACAUUCAACUCACUUGGUGGACACUUGAUCAUUCCUAAUUCAGGAGUGAGCUUGCUGAUUCCUGCUGGGGCUGUUCCUCAGGGAAGAGUUUAUGAAAUGUAUGUGACAGUGCACAGGAAAGAGAACAUGAGACCACCCACAGAAGACAGCCAAACGCUCCUGACCCCAGUAGUAUCGUGUGGACCUCCUGGUGCAUUAUUGACAAGGCCGGUCAUUAUAACAAUGCAUCACUGUACAGAAACAAAUGCAGAAGACUGGAAGAUCCAGCUGAAAGAACAGACUGUACAAGGACAGUGGCAGGAUGUGGUGGUCGUCGGAGAAGAGAACUUUACCACGCCAUGCUACAUCCAGAUGGACUCUGAAGCCUGUCACAUACUGACAGAGACAUUAAGCACCUAUGCACUGGUGGGACAAUCUACUAGCAAAUCCUCAGCCAAGCGGGUGAAGUUAGCGAUAUUUGGGCCAACGUCCUGCACGUCUCUAGAGUAUAAUAUUCGGGUUUACUGCUUAGAUGAUACUCAGGAUGCACUUAAGGAAGUGUUACAGCAAGAGAGAAAAGUGGGAGGCCAGUUACUGGAUGAGCCUAAGACUCUUCAUUUUAAAGGAAGCACUCAUAAUCUCCGCCUCUCCAUACAUGACAUCCCCCACUCCCUAUGGAAAAGCAAACUCUUAGCGAAAUAUCAGGAAAUCCCUUUCUAUCAGGUCUGGAGUGGAUGCCAAAGGAAUCUUCAUUGCACCUUUUCUCUGGAGCGCUUUAGCCUUAGCACCACAGACCUGUCCUGUAAGUUGUGUGUCAGGCAGGUGGAGGGUGAAGGACAGAUUUUCCAGCUAAACUGUGCGGCCACAGAGGAACCCAGCUGUAUUAUUGAUUAUCCUCUCAUGGAUUCAGCGAGCACCAUAACUACCAUUAUAGGACCAAGUGCUUUCAGCAUCCCUCUAACUAUUCGACAGAAACUGUGCAGUAGCUUGGAUGCCCCUCAGACGCGAGGUCAUGACUGGAGGAUGCUAGCCCAUAAACUCAACUUAGACAGGUAUCUCAAUUAUUUUGCCACAAAACCUAGUCCAACUGGAGUAAUCCUAGAUCUCUGGGAAGCGCAGAACUACCCAGACGGGAACCUCAGCACACUGGCCGCAGUCUUGGAGGAGAUGGGCAGACACGAGACAGUGGUAUCUCUGACAGGCGAAGAUAAAUAUUGAUCUUAACUAGGAAAAGACGGAGGAAUGGAAAAAUAGAUAAAGUUACCAAGCUAUAAAGACAACCUAUUGAAGAGGAAUACUGACCAAUGAGUUUUACUACUUCUAGAAAACGGACUUUGAUAUAAACCUUUCUUGUAUAUUAACACAAAAUGAAAAGGAAAAAAAAAAAACAUGCAAAGCUGUAUCUCAAAUAUUAUAAACCAACCUGAUGCUCAUUCAGUGUGUGGCUUGUUAGAGGAUUUUACAGUUUCCUAGGAAACGAAAUUUAUUGCUAUCCAGAUACAUGGAUAAACUUUCUAUACAAUCCCAGCUCAAAUGGACAUUGUUUACAUCCACUGACGGACAGGGGUUAUUGAUUCUAUCCCGUGAAUAUUUCUAUUUUGUGCAAGCCAUCUAAGUGACAAUAGUGUGCUUCUCCAGGGUAUUUUAAGGAAAGCUACAAUAUCAUUUUUUUUAAGUGAAAUUUAGAUUGGGUGCACUGAUAAUUUCCCUGUCCUGGUCAUCUGUCCCAAGUUUUUUCAUUCAAGCAAAGAGCAGGAAAUCCAAUAGUCUUAGUAUUAGGCUGGUGCCAAUGGAGGUGGCAAAACCAGAUUUUUUUUAUUUUAUUUCAGCGAUAUCACAAUCAGUCAUCAACAUCUGAGGAGCAAUAUGGCAGGAGCUAUUAUUGCUAAACACCCAUGAGCGCUAACACAAUGCUUGUAUGUUACGCUAGUGUUAGAAAGCAGUAGUUGACUAUUGGUAUUUUUAUCUUCUGCAGAAAUCAUCAUUUCACAAUAUGAGCUUUGUUUGAUUUGUCUAUGUUUGCUUUUUAUGGUUUAGCAUCAGUCACUAGAAAAGUCAAUUCAAUUCUUCAACUAUGGAAUAUGAAGUGUUGGUCAGCUACAAGCGCCAUUGUCAUUGUGUAAAUGGACAAUGUUUUUCACAUUGUUCCGUUUCAGGCUCCUUGUGCCUUUGAGAGAUUUGCCAUAAUAUGUUGCUGUUCAGUUAUAGAAAAUGACUUCUCAUUGGUCAAAGCAGUAUUGACUAUUAUACUGGGCUAUGCUUUAUGAUCUUGAGUGAUUUGUAAUAAUGUAAUAGGUAUGGACUCUGUUAGGCCUCAUGCACACAGUCAUGGACUCAAAGCCUGUAUGUAGAGCCCCUGCAAUUUUGUAUUACUGAGCCGUAAGUACUCCUUGUGCCAUAUGAUGAUGAUUUCAUAUUCUUACCUAGUAGGGGAGAAGGCCUCGGGAAUACCGCGUGCAAUAAAAUGUGCUUUUUAUACCCUCAUGGUGUUAUAGCAUGAAAUUGGAGGCCUAUGGAGGUAUAUUGGGCCCAUAAAGUACAAGAAAGAACCAUUAUACAUUCAUAUACAUGAGGCCUAUUGUCCAUCUGUCAUAUAGCUUCUAUAAGCUAACUACUAGAUGCUUAGAAGGCUUAAUAGGAAUAUUAAUCAGAGCUACAAGUCUAUUAUGGUUAUGUAUAUUACCUGCAAAUAGCAUUUAUUAGAAGGAACAUACAUUCACUGAGACUGGCAAAUGGCAGCAUCCAGGGAAUAAGAGAUACAUUUUACAUCUCCAUAGAUAAACCCUGGAAUGUUUUUAUGUAAUAAAUCUGCCUGUAGGUGAUGGCUGCUCUACUGUGAUUACACAAAUCCCACAGCCGCCUACUAUUUAUGAAUUAUAAAUGAAGAAUUUUGGCAAAAAAGUUUACUUUUUCAAAACCUAUUUUAUAAUUUAAAAAUUUAAAUUAACUGAGGUUGUUGAACCACACCAGAGACAUAGACUACAGACAACAUAGAGCUAAAUGACAUCAUUUAUAGCCAUGAAUGUUGGUUCACAGGGGGGAUUAGUGCUCUGUAAGACUAUAAAAGUAUUAUGGGUAUCACUUGUUCUGAUAUAUGACUGAACUGAAGUUUUGUCAUUCUCCAGAAAGGUUGACAUCCUAUUAGGAUAUGCCAGUAUGGUCUGGCGGGGAGGUGAUGUGGGAGAUACACUACUGAGCAAAAGUUUUGGCAGGUGAGGGAAAAAUGCUGCGAAGCAAGAAUACUUUUAACAAUAGAAGUGUUAAUAGUUUAUUUUAUCAAUUAUCAAAAUGUAACGUAAAUAAAGAGUUGGUUUGCUCAAAUCUUUCUCUUUAUGUAACCCCAGAUAGACUCAAUGAUACUGAGAUCUGUGGGGGGCCAAACCAUCACUUCCAGGACUCCUUGUUCUCCUCUACACUGAAGAUGGUCCUUCAUGACCUUGGCUGCACGUCUGGGUUAUUGUCCUGCUACAGAAUAAUAAUGUGGAUACGAUCAGAUAUAUCCCUAAUUUGAGGCAUUUUACUUUGCAGUAUUUUUUCCACACUUUUGCACAAUACUGUAUGUUUAAUCCAUCAAACAGAGAAAGACUAUAUACUAGUAUAUAGGACAUAGGAACUCCUUCAGAAAAAAUAGCAUUCAGCACGUGUGUCAGUCCCAAUGCAAUCUGAAUAGUGGAGGUGCUCUUAUCCCGGAACUCAAAGGAUUCAAUAAAUGCAGGCAGGGUAGAAGAUAAAGAUAAUACACUCAUCACCACUUGUGGCUUUAUUCAACAUGAACAUAGAUACACAUCCAAACCGACAGACACACAGAGAGCAGCAGUGGACAGGUAAAAUUGGGGGCGUAAACAGGGGCAGCAACAAGUUUGUGCACAAAGGUGCUUCCUCUGGCCCAUACGGGCCUUAUCUUCUACUCUGCCUGCAUGUACUGUUUGUUUGCUUUCAAUGGUUCAACACAUAUUAACACUGUCAUUUACAAAUGUAUGUGAUUUAAAGUUUACUUGGAGUUGGCUUUUUUGACAGAGGUUGCCUUGACUCCCUUUGCUGGUUGCACCUGAUAUGCCACUAAAAAAAAUGAGUAUAUGAUAGCGAGGGCUGUUGCCAUGCAAAAGUAAAGUUUCAUUGAUGCUCAGGCUAGUGGGCGCUCAUCUGUACAAUGUAGGGUUAACAGGAUUUUGCUAUGACCAAAUUGGAACACUCUUGAAAUUGUAUACCAUCAAAGCCCAUUCUAUACAAACACUCUUCAUAUAGACAUUUUUAUGCAGUGUGUAUGAUAAACGUGUGCCUACCAUGAUUUUUUUCCCACAACAUCUGGCUUUAGAGUUGAUAUUAUGUUUCACAUUAUGCCAAAUAUGUUAUGUUAUUAGAGCAUAUCGUAUCGGGAACGCUGUUACGUGUUGCUUGCCUUCAUAAAUCCACUUGCUUAUAAUAAAGAAUAACAUGUAUGAAAAUACAUUGAGAAUGUGGGGCCAAUCUACAUGGAUUUUUCAUUUAUGUUGUGUAUAUUCCUUUUUUUUUUUGUGCUUUUUUUUAUGUUGACAUUAAUUUAUCACCCAAAUCUAUUAUUUAAGUGUGUUCUAUAUUAAACAAUGCAUAUGCUUUUCCAAUACAAAUGUCUGCAAAUGUCUUCUUCUGGCAGAUGUGACUUUUAUUCAUGUACAGUAUUAUGUGGGCAUAGAGAUGUUGUGGCCCCUUUUAUUCUCUGUGGAUUGCUACGCUGGGAUCUUUUGCACCAAGCUUUCUGUUGGCGCUCUGGUUAUUGUAAGCAGAUGCAUUUUAUUGAAUUCUGAGUUCAUUAUUAGAAUGAGGUUACUUGGAAAUAUACAGGUCAAAGAACAAAAGAGCUUUUCUGAGGCUAUAAUAAGCUACCUUAUUUUCAGGUAUUUCUAGCCGCCACCCAGACGUCUUAACAUAGCAUUGAAAUAACAGGCUCCUGUAUGUACCGCAACUCAUUACGCUUCUUAACAGGCUGGUUAACUAAUUAUGAGAGAUUCUGUCUGAGUUCAUAAAAUUAAGGAACGAUCAAUGCUUUGUGACAGGAUACAGUAAUAGAAUCUAGGUAUUAUCUUGCCUCUCCAAAUUGGGCUCAUUAACUUAAUACACUCAUUAAAGGUACAUUCACUCUGGGAAACACAAGACUUCCUUUGGAGUUCUUUCAAACUCUAGCUCAGAUUUAUUAGGCAGCCGCACCUAUUAAAUAUAAAUUCAACCAAAAUAACGAAGAGCAUUGGAAUAUUCACUAGAAUUCUUGUAAUAGUUCCUGGUAGGGAACAUUAAGACAUUAUAUGCAGCUAAGUUCUGGAUCUCUCGUAUUACAUUCAGUGCUCUUGUCAAUCAAUAGUAAACUUGGAAAAGUAGAUGAAAUGUAUCGUAAUCACAAAUAUAUUCCCUUUGCCAAAAUGUCUGCGUGUAUCUAGAAUACCAAUAGUGAGUUCUUAUUGCUAGACAUACUAUGAAUAAUAGCAGUGUAAGGCUGGGUUCACACUACGUUUUCCCCCACACGG